AUGACUCGAGCCUUGCGACUAGACAUCGGUCUGGUGACCAGCUUACUCGCCCUCUCCGGUCUGACUGAUGCUUUCUGGCGUCUCCCUUGUCGUGGACGAAGUGGUCUGGCCAGAAUUGAUCCGCUCAUGGAUCCUGGCCGUCCGUCUUCGCACGUCCACACGGUCCAUGGGUCUGGUGCCUUUUCCAUGUCAGCCGAUGCGGCCGAUCUGAAGGCAUCGGACUGUACUUCGUGCGCUAUCACGCAGGACAAGUCCGCGUACUGGGCUCCGGCACUGUAUUUCAUGCACGAGAAUGGUGAGGCAGAACUUGUGGACGAAGUCGGAGGCAUGCUUGUCUACUACCUACUGUACGGAAACAACGUGACCGCCUUCCCUGACAAUUUCCGCAUGAUUGCGGGCGACAAUCUCCUGCGCGACUUCCCCUGGCCCGUCCCUGAUCCUCCCAAGUCGGAGUGGACUGGCGACCAGUCCUCCCAAAAGGCUCUUGAGCAGAAGGCCAUCGGUUUCAACUGUCUUAACUAUGCGCUGACCCCGGAACCAUCCCUUGGCCGUCAUUUUCUGCCCAAUAAGACCUACCUGGAUGAGCACUGCCCCGACGGUGUUCGCUUUGAGCUAAUGUUCCCUUCGUGCUGGAACGGCAAGGACAUCGAUGCGGACGACCACAAGUCCCACAUGGCCUAUCCCUCGCUGGUCAUGGACGGCACCUGCCCUGAGGGUUAUGAGACCCGCGUUGUUUCGCUCUUUUAUGAGACCAUCUGGAACACCUAUGCUUUCAAGGACAAAGAGGGCUACUUUGCGAUCUCUAAUGGUGACCCAACCGGUUAUGGCUACCACGGCGACUUCAUGCACGGCUGGGAAGAAGGCGUCCUGGAGCAGGCUGUCGAGCAAUGCACCAGCUCGUCUGGACAGGUGGAGGACUGCCCUGUCUUCAAGCUUCAGAGUGAGGACGACCAGCGAGCAUGCAAGUUCGAUAUUCCCCAGGUGCUCAAGGGUGAACAGCUCGUCCUGACCAGCGAGGGUCUUCCCAACGACCUUGCGGUCCAAUGGGGCCCCGCUUAUGCCAAACCGCUUGCUUUGGUCUCCUCCGUGGUCUCUAGUGCGCUCAGUGCAGCCACCGAGGAGGUUAGUUCUGUGGUCCAAGACCUGUCUCUCAGUGUUAGUGCCAUCGCCAAUAACCUUCAGGCAAGUCACCCCACCGCGACGGCUGAGCCAUCGACAUCGACCACCCUCCCGCCCACAACGACCUCCACCCCAACACCAACAUGGACCCCGACCCCAACCACUUCCUAUAUUGAAGGCGCCGUGACUCAGGCGGUCGUCUACGUCGAGCAGGAAAUCAUCGUCUGGGUCGACGGUCAGAACAACAUCAUUGGCACCUCGACUGGAGGCCUGGAGACUGUCUCCAGCUUCACAUCAACCACCACCCGGACCAUCUCGACCGUUGUCACUAUCCCAACAGAACCCCCCGUGAAGCGCGACGAACAUGCUCACCAUGCCCACAAGCGUCAUGGCCAUGGCCACUUGCACCGACGGGGCAACUGA